AUAAAAUAAAUUUAAAUCCUAGACUGUUUUAUGAUUCAGUAGACGCAUUGAAUAUAUACAUUAUUAUAUUGUAAGAAAGGAGAUACAAAAACCGCAAAAACAUACUUUUUGAUUCAGCUGGAAUCUGUCGAUGUCGUCUAAGAUUCAGAAUGUUUAUUAGUUUAUGCGAUUAAAUGACAUCCAUUACCAUUUAAGACGUGAUUAUUUACUUAUUAAAUUAUGUAUAGUAUAUACAUUGUUGAUGUAACCAUGGUGAACCUGCUGCUAGAAACUAUAAAAUGUAGGGUUGGACAGCUUCAUUGCUAUGGCAACCAGCAAAAAUUGAAAACUUUCGCCGUCUGUAGACGUUAUGUUAAAGGUGAUUUCAUAAUCAAAUAAUUUUCUCGUGUAGGCUAUCAGGAAAUUCUGGUAUUUUAGACAGGAGUACAGGACUUGAAUGAAAUCUGGAAAAAGCCAGAAUGAGAUGGUAUGGCCACGUCCAGAGAAUGGUAAAAGAGAGGCUGCCUAAGAAAAUGAUGGAGUUGAAGUACGUACACAGGAAGAAGACCUCAAGGAAGAGCAAGGACGAGGUGGGAAGAGCAGAUAGUUAAAGGACUGCAGGAGAGAGGAGAAGACUGGAGUAAAAUGGAGAAUGAGCAAUGGACAAUGGUGGAGGGACAGAGGAAAUUUGAGAGAUUUUACUUUGCUGACCCAGCCACAGGCUGAAUGCAGUGACUGUAUCGUAGUUUAAGAAGAAAACUGUAUUUUUAAUUGAUGUAAAUAGUUAUGCAUGUGUAUAUAUAUUGUGUGAUUAUUCACAUUUUCUUGGCAUUUAUCAUGAGGUGCUUGACUGCAUUUGGGAUUCGCAGAACAAAAUAUGUAAUUAAAUAAAAUUAUACAUAUUUUUCUAAGUUUAACAUUACCUAUCUUAGCUGUUGUAUCAUAAAUUAUGCCAUUCCCUUAAACAGAGGUGUAAUUAUAGCUUUUUAACAGGGGUGGCAAGGUGUACCAUAGGUCUGGAGAAUAUAGAAUGCCUCCACAUAUGUAUAAGAGGGGGGGGAAAGGGGUGUCCGGAGGCCUCCCAGGAGAAAUUAAAAAAAAAAAAAAACUAGCAUUGAAUUGUUAGUUUUUAUGCUUUUUCAAACAAUUUUUACCAUAAUUCACCGAAUAAUUGCUAAAAUUCUCUAUUUACCCUAAAAGAUUAAUUUUAAAAACUUUUAUUAAUAGUCAAACCAUUUGUAAAGUAGAUAUCAUUUACACAAAACUCAAUUGUUCGUAAACAAUUUAUAUUUUUUACUUCAAAAUGGGGUGGCUAUGGCUAAAUACUGGUUUGGACAAUUCUAAGGUGGCAACUGCCACUCCUUGCCAACCUUGAGUUAUGCCUAUCAAUUAAUGUAACUGGCAUACAAAACUGGUGGUUUCCGCCGCCUGAGAGAGUGGUACUAGCAGUGGGCGACAGUGCUCCGCCAGCAGAAGCAGAGAGGCGCUGGGAUUGGCCCGCACUGUGCAUCGUGCUUGUACUGCACACACACUGCACAGGGUCGCACUCUCCGGUAGGAUGUGUGCUGCCUGGCACACCUCCUGUGGUGUCGAUAAUGCACCAUUUCGGCACCAUUAUUUCUAACAAUAAUAAAAAUUAGAUUAUUUCCUAAAUUUAUUUUUUUUAUCCAAACUUAUAUACCCAGUUUUUAAAAACUUCUUUGGCCCCGUGUACGGCCGGACCCAUGCUUCUUCGGUGUAGUACACUCCUCCCCAUUUUUAUUUGUGACUGACGCUUCAAAGGCCUUAUUUUUACUUAUUGACUUAUUGAGUGUUUCUCUGAAGCCCAGCGUACGUUACACUGUCUCUCACAUGCACGUGUUACGAAAAAUUAUUUUCACAGUAGUUUUGCGGUGCGAUCUCUUGGGAAUUUGUUGCGUGAUUUCUUGCAGCUUUUUACAGCACAGUUGUGUGAUGGGUGAUUUUUAUGCUAUCAUCGACUGGAUAUCUGACCAUUUUUGGUGGGACAAUGGGAAGGCUAGAAUUGAUAAUAUGCCUAACCUUUAAAAUAUUAUCAUUUACCGUAGUCAGUUCAAGAGUCUGUAGCAGUUAACGUUUUCGAAGAAUCCCUUUUGUUGAUGUAUUUAUACAUUAAUACUUUUGUGUAUACAUACAUAUUUAUCUUUUCCUUUUUUUCUUACCAAUAAAUACAGUGUAGAUAGAUGUGCAUGUGUACAUAUAUGGUAUCGGAGGUAGAUAAAGGAAGAAAUGGGAAAUUUGCCUAGCACCCUUAAAUGAAUAGAGUGAAUAGAGUUUUAAAUUUAUAAAUUUUUUUAAAAUACCUACUUAAACAAUAAUAGCAUCUAAUCCUAUUCACUAAAUUUUAAAACAUUCUUUUACAUGAAUGAAAGUAAGGGAUAUGCAUUAAAUAAACAAAGCUGCUGUCUGGAUCCACCACUGAGUAGAUGUGCAUGUAAAUCGUAAAUACUGAACAUGUGUGUGCUGAACAAAGCUGCUGUCUGGAUCCACCCCGGAGUAGAUGUGCAUGUAAAUCGUAAAUACUGAACAUGUGUGUGCUGAACAAAGCUGCUGUCUGGAUCCACCCCUGAGUAGAUGUGCAUGUAAAUCGUAAAUACUGAACAUGUGUGUGCUGAACAAAGCUGCUGUCUGGAUCCACCCCUGAGUAGAUGUGCAUGUAAAUCGUAAAUACUGAACAUGUGUGUGCUGAACAAAGCUGCUGCCUGGAUCCACCCCUGAGUAGAUGUGCAUGUAAAUUGUAAAUACUGAACAUGUGUGUGCUGAACAAAGCUGCUGCCUGGAUCCACCCCUGAGCAGAUGUGCAUGUAAAUCGUGUGCUACUUACAAUGGCAAUAGAGUGGAUGGUUCACCGAUGAUGAGCGUACACGGGUGUCGUAUCCACGUCCCGAGGAGAUGCACCCCUGUUGUGCGUAGCGGGCGGCCGCGCAGGAUGGGGCCGAAGAAGGGGAAGGGGAAGGGCAGCAAGCUGGCGCGCAUGACGGACGAGGAGCGCGCUCGCUACCUCCAGCACCGUGCGGCCAUCGAGGAGGAAGCGCGGCGACGCAAGCAGCAGCUCAUCGCCACCUUCAUGAAGAACCAGCUCAAGAAGGAGGAAGGGUUCGCCAGACUGAACCUAGCCAAGAUCAACCAGCAGUGGUGGCGGAUCCUGCGAGGCAUCAAGACGCACCAGCUGCAACAGGAGCUGAAGCACAUCUGGCAGUCGUUCGACCACCUGGUGGAGCGCAAGCAGCAGAUGGUGGACUCGCUGUUGGCAGACCUGCAGGAGGCAGAGGAGCAGUACAGCAAGGGUUGGCGCUACCACGCCGAGAUGAUCGACCGUCUGCUGGUGCUGCAGGGCCAGCGGCUGUGGCAGCUGCAUGAGGACUACGCGGCGGGGAAGCGGGCCCUAGUGGAGGGGGCGGGGCGGCUCGCGCGGAACGUGAGCGCGGAUGCCGCCGCCUCGGAGGAGCGGCUGAAGGCAGUGGCACACCUGCUGACGAGCCGUGCGGAGGAGGAGGAACGCACCUACCGCCUCGACCACCAAGCCAGACUGCACGACGUCACCGACACCGCAGCGACGGUGCUGGAGCAGCUGCAGGCGGCGGGGCAGGCGCGCGCGGAGGCGCUCUGGGGGCAGCUCCAGCAGGUGCUGGCCGGCUACGCAGCGGCCACGGAGCCGCUGCAGCUCCCCCACGCCCGGCUGCGCGAGCGCGACGCCCAGGCCGCGCGGACGGUGGCGCAGCAGAGGGAGCGCGCGGGGGAGCUGCAGCGGCGGGUGGCGAGCCUGCGCGCGCGCCUGGCCGGGCGCGGGGACCGGCGGGUGGCGGGCCUGGCCGGCGAGCGCGACCGCCUGGAGCGGCUGCUCCGGAGCCUGCGCGCGCGGCUGGAGGCGGCGCAGGGUCAGGACCAGCAGCAGCUCGCCUUCCUGACCGUCGCCAGCAACCGGGUCAUCAAGAAGCUGGAGGCGCUGGUGUCCAAGGCAGAGCAGAUCCUGAGCGUGGCAGCACUGUGCCGCAAGAGGGAGACGGAGCAGGAGAAGGUGACUCCCUUCGGCCCCCUCCCCUUCCUGCCGGAGGACGAGGACAUUGCGGGCGUCACGACUCUGCAGGCAGGCGGGCUCGGCGGGCUGUGGGAGCGCUACAACCGGGCGAGCCUGCAGCAGCGAGCGCUGGCGCUGCACCACCGCGCCCUCUGCCUGGAGAACGGGCAGCUGCGGCGCGAGCUGCGGCGCUGCCUGGGGGCCACCGGCGACCGGCCGUGCCUGGCCCCCACCACGCGCCCCUGCACCGCCGCGGUCGCUGCCCCGCGCAGGCCGCGCCUCGUGGCCGUGCUGCCCGGCGCCGCGCCUCCUCCUGCAGCAGCCAGGCUUCCUCAGUAUCCUCGUACACGAGGCCACAUCAACGAAGUUCAAACAAGAGCAUUAAGUGUGAAAAUGUAAAAUAUGAAAUUUAACCCACUGGAAAACAUGAAAUCAUAACACUAUUCUUACAGCAGACAAUUACAACUAUAAUUUUCUACAAUUUUUAAAAAUACAAUUAGUAAAUUACAUGAUAAUAAUAUUACAUAGUUUUUUCUUGGAUAUUCUUUAAAAAAAAAAAAUUUGUGCGUGGAGUCUAUGCAUGACAAAAGUGAAACUUCUUGCGUAUUAGGUAGAGAUAAAUUAUUAACAUAAACAUGAAUGAUACUUAAGUUAAUUGCAAAAACCAGUAACACUUUUCCACAUGAAUAAAUAAACUGUAGAUACUUUAAAUAAAAUAAAUAUACUGUAGUAACGUCAAUCGUUAGCCGUUACUUACGGAAACUGAGUAGACGAACAGAAGCAGCGUUACGAGAAUUCCGUAGCAUCACUGCUGCGAGAUUACUACCUCUCACCUGCCAUCUCCUCUUCUGGCCUUUACUACUAGCAUACAGCAUGCUACACUACAUAACUACCCCCUCCCCCUUUGCAGUCUUCCCAUUCGACCACUAGUGCAUGCAUUAGAGUGGCGUCACCGCUGAUGCAUCCACCUCUUAUACUUGUUCCCCCCACCACGUACCCAAAUAUUCCCCUCAUGUGAUCUGAAUUUCAGUAAUGCUCGAAGAUUGUAGUCCCCUCAGCAAAGAAGUCACACUAAAAAAAGAAAAAGAAUAACUGUUAAAAUUAGGCUAAAAUAAAAUUCAUGCCUUUAAGAACUUAUACAAAUUUUUUUUUUAAACUUAUACAAAUUUUUUUUUUAGCAGUUUUAUAGAUGGCGCACCUUGUUACAAUUGCUAUUCUAAUGCAGCGUGCUCACGUAACAAGGGUAGGGGUUGUACCCUAACACACCGGCAGAAAUCUUAUUUGUGAGCACUGAGUCUAUAUCCAAGUAGGUAGUUCAGAGCACACUAAAAUCUUGAAAGCCCUGUCAUCUUGAGCAUCUAUGCAUAACCAUGCAAGCAGUGUGACAUUUCUGGUUAACAUGUAAGUUGUAAUGUUUUUGUAGAAACAGUAUUUUUUUUUUUUGUAAUUUUGUUAUUAGAAAGUAGUUUGUGUAUUAUUGUUUGUGAAUAAUAUUUAAUACGUGUAUUGUGUCAGUCUGUUUUGUACAUUUGGUCUCUCUGGCAGGUAUUCAAUCAUCUCGAUAAAAAUAAUUAAAUUCAUUAUUUCUCGUGUGCUGAGUGAGAGUUAAGUGUUGAUUAUAUUAUUUAAGUGCUUGUAUUCUUUUAAAGAUUUGAGAAUUAUCAGGUGCUCAAAAUUGCAAAUAAAUAAUAAAAUAAAUGACAUGGUCAUAUUUUUUGUGUGUAACCCUAAAAUUUAGCAAUAAAUUUGACAUUGUGAUAGAAUCACCCCUCCAAAUUCUUAUCUUAAAUAUACACUAGUUUAAAAGUUUUAUGCUGUUAUAUGUGUGAA